AUGUUCCAUGUUUAUGGCAAAAUGGAUUAGUUGGACAGAAAAGAACAAUUAGAUAACUUCAAGAGGAAUCAAGUGAAAGUGUUGAUUGUUACUGAUUUAGCAAGUAGAGGUAUAGAUCUACCAUUCGUGGCCAAUGUUAUACAUUAUGAUUAUCCAUCCAAUCCUAAAAUAUUUAUACACAGAUCUGGUCGUACAGCAAGAGCAGGUAAGGCAGGUUAUGUAUAUGCAUUGAUAUCAUCAGAGGAGAUUCUUUACAUUAAAGAAACAAUGGUAUAUGUUGGUAGAAAAUUGGUCAAUGACGGUGAUUUUAGUGACCCUUCUUAGGCAUUUUAUGGUAGUAUGCCAAUUGAAUUGUUGAUGUAAAAUCAAGAGAAAUUGAAUGACUUGAAUGAUGACAUUGAGUUUUAGAACUUUAAAGAAAUAGCUACCAGAGCCAAUGAAAAGUUUCGUAAGACUAGAGGAUCAGCCAAGAAAGUGAAGACAAAUAUAGAUACCAGUUUAGUGCAUCCGUUGUUUAAGGAUAAGAUCUAAGUUGAGGAGGACACAAAGGAUAUGCUUAAUUAAAUUAAGAAUUUCAAAUCUGCUUAGAGUGUUAUAGAAAUCAAGAAGUUUGAAUCAAAUUAGAAAUCAGAUCCUUUUAUGAAGGCUGUGUCUCAUUUGAAGGAUGUACAAAAGCGUAAGCCUCUUCCAAAGAUCGAAUUGAAGGAAUAGCCGAAAUCACUAAAUAUAGAAAAUUUUAUGGAUCAAAAGUUCUUUAUUCCAACUUAGAGAGACCCAACAAAAAAGUCAGAAUUCGAAGACUUACAUAAGAUUACGUUGGAGGAUAUAAAUCCAUUUGUAAUUUCAGAUGGAACUGAUGCACUUCGUAAGAGGAAAUAGAUGGUUUGGGAUAAGGAUAAAAAGAAGUAUGUAAACCCAAAGGCAGCAUAAUAGUAAGAUAAGGAGGAUCGUGGGAUGAAGGUUGAAAAAGGAAAGCAGAAUUUUAAAAAGUGGCAGAAAUAAACAAGCAUUCAAUUGUAGAAUGUGGGAGAGGAGGAGGAUCAAUAAAUAGUUUCUCGAGCGAAAGAACUUUUUAAGAGGAGAAAUAUGAGAGCCAAAGGAUAUUACUUUAAUUAGGAAGAGGGACAAUAGAGAGGAGGGAAGUAGGAGAUAAAGAGACCAGAACAACUGUUGAAAUCUAAAAAAAUAAAGAAGAACUUGAAAUUGAAGAAUAUGGAGAAGGGUAAACGUAGACAGAUCGAGAAGAAGCAAAGAAAGAAUAAAUUGUGA